GCGGAGUUGUGCGUGUCUCCGAAGGGGGGUGGGCCGGGGGAGGGGAGGUUCGUUCCGCGGAGCCGCAGCCAGAACCGGGACGAGAAAUCGCCUUCAGCCUUCUGUGGUGCAUCCUUGGCAGAAAGCGAGGAGGAAAACACCCAUAUUGUUCUUUGGAAUGGACACAAGCUCAGUGGGAACAUUAGAAUUGACUGAUCAAACUCCUGUUUUAUUAGGGAGUACGGCCAUGGCAACAAGUCUCACGAAUGUGGGAAAUUCAUUUAGUGGUCCACCCAAUCCUUUAGUAUCUAGAUCUAGUAAAUUUCAAGACUCACCAGUGGAAGAUGAUGAUGAUGUUGUUUUUAUUGAACCUGUACAACCUCCCCCACCUUCUGCUCCCGUGGUAACUGAUCAAAGAACCAUAACAUUUACAUCAAAAAAUGAAGAACUGCAAGGAAAUGAUUCUAAAAUUCUCCCAUCCUCGAAAGAAUUGGCUUCUCAGAAAGGAAGUGUAAGUGAGACAAUUGUCAUUGAUGAUGAAGAGGACAUGGAAACAAAUCAAGGGCAAGAAAAAAACUCUAACUUUGUUGAAAGGAGACCUCCUGAAACUAAAAACAGAACAAAUGAUGUGGAUUUCUCCACUUCCAAUUUUUCAAGAAGUAAGGUAAAUGCAGCAAUGGGUAGUAGUGGUAUCACCACAGAACCAGACUCUGAAAUUCAGAUUGCUAAUGUUACAACCCUAGAAACAGGUGUAAGCUCUGUGAAUGAUGGCCAAUUAGAAAAUACUGACGGGAGAGAUAUGAACUUAAUGAUUACACAUGUAACAUCACUGCAGAAUGCCAACUUGGGAGAUGUCUCUAACGGACUGCAGUCAAGUAAUUUUGGUGUUAAUAUACAAACAUACACCCCGUCUUUAACUUCACAGACCAAGACUGGAGUAGGACCUUUUAAUCCUGGUAGAAUGAAUGUGGCAGGAGAUGUAUUUCAGAAUGGAGAAUCUGCAACUCAUCAUAAUCCUGAUUCUUGGAUUUCCCAGUCAGCAUCAUUUCCCCGUAAUCAGAAACAGCCAGGGGUGGAUUCUCUAUCACCAGUGGCCUCACUUCCCAAACAGAUCUUCCAGCCUUCUGCCCAACAGCAACCUACUAAACCUGUUAAGGUCACUUGUGCAAACUGCAAAAAACCUUUACAGAAGGGACAAACAGCUUACCAGCGGAAAGGAUCAGCUCACCUCUUUUGUUCAACCACUUGCCUUUCUUCCUUCUCUCACAAGCCUGCUCCAAAGAAACUCUGUGUUAUGUGUAAAAAAGAUAUAACUACAAUGAAAGGAACCAUUGUUGCUCAAGUGGAUUCAAGUGAGUCCUUCCAGGAAUUCUGUAGUACAUCUUGUUUGUCUCUCUAUGAAGACAAACAAAAUCCUAGUAAAGGAGCUCUAAAUAAGUCAAGAUGUACAAUUUGUGGUAAACUAACAGAGAUUCGUCAUGAAGUUAGCUUUAAAAAUAUGACUCAUAAGCUGUGCAGCGACCACUGCUUUAAUAGAUAUAGAAUGGCCAAUGGUCUAAUAAUGAAUUGCUGUGAACAGUGUGGAGAGUAUUUGCCUAGUAAAGGUGCUGGAAAUAACGUUCUGGUGAUUGAUGGUCAGCAAAAAAGAUUUUGCUGUCAGAGUUGUGUCAGUGAAUACAAACAGAAAUACGGGAAACUGACAACUUGUACCGGCUGCCGAACACAGUGCAGGUUCUUUGAUAUGACUCAGUGUAUAGGUCCUAAUGGAUAUAUGGAGCCAUAUUGUUCAACUGCUUGCAUGAACAGUCACAAGACAAAAUAUGCAAAAUCACAAAGUUUGGGAAUUAUUUGCCAUUUUUGUAAGCGAAACUCUUUACCUCAAUACCAAGCCACAAUGCCUGAUGGAAAACUGUAUAAUUUUUGCAAUUCCAGUUGUGUGGCUAAAUUUCAGGCUCUAAGCAUGCAGUCAUCUCCAAAUGGUCCAUUUGUAGCACCAAGUGAUAUUCAGUUGAAAUGCAACUACUGCAAAAAUUCCUUUUGUUCUAAACCAGAAAUCCUGGAAUGGGAGAACAAAGUACAUCAGUUCUGCAGCAAAACUUGUUCAGAUGACUAUAAGAAGCUGCAUUGCAUAGUUACAUAUUGCGAAUACUGUCAAGAGGAGAAGACUCUUCAUGAAACAGUAAAUUUCUCUGGAGUUAAGAGACCUUUCUGCAGUGAAGGUUGCAAACUAUUGUACAAACAGGAUUUUGCAAGACGUUUGGGAUUAAGAUGUGUUACAUGCAACUAUUGUUCUCAGCUCUGUAAGAAAGGAGCAACUAAAGAACUUGAUGGUGUUGUGAGAGAUUUCUGCAGUGAAGACUGUGGCAAAAAAUUUCAGGAUUGGUACUAUAAGGCUGCAAGGUGUGAUUGUUGUAAGUCUCAAGGAACUCUUAAAGAGCGAGUACAGUGGCGUGGGGAGAUGAAACAUUUCUGUGAUCAGCACUGCUUAUUACGUUUCUAUUGUCAGCAAAAUGAGCCGAAUCUGACAACUCAAAAAGGACCUGAAAAUUUACAUUAUGAUCAGGGCUGUCAGACAUCCCGAACCAAAAUGACAGGCUCAGCACCACCCCCUUCUCCAACUCCCAACAAAGAGAUGAAGAACAAAGCAGUUCUUUGCAAACCUUUAACAAUGACAAAAGCUACUUACUGUAAACCUCACAUGCAAACCAAAUCUUGUCAGACAGAUGAUAAUUGGAAGACAGAAUAUGUUCCAGUGCCCAUCCCUGUGCCAGUAUACAUCCCAGUACCAAUGCACAUGUACAGUCAGAAUAUUCCUGUUCCGACUACAGUUCCUGUUCCUGUGCCUGUUCCUGUUUUUCUGCCUGCUCCAUUGGACAGCAGUGAGAAAAUUCCUACAGCAAUUGAAGAAUUAAAAAGCAAAGUUUCUUCAGAUCCUCUUGAUACAGAGUUGCUUACAAUGACAGACAUGAUGGUUGAAGAUGAGGAGAAAACAGAGGCGUCCAACAUCAACAGUGUAAUUAUUGAAACGGAUAUAAUUGAUUCAGAUCUCAUGAAGAACUCAGAACCAGAGACACAGUCCAGCAUGCCUGAUGUACCAUAUGAACCAGAUUUGGAUAUUGAAAUAGAUUUUCCUAGAGCUGCUGAAGAGCUUGAUAUGGAAAAUGAAUUUUUAUUACCACCUGUGUUUGGAGAAGAAUAUGAAGAACAACCCAGACCUCGAUCUAAAAAAAAGGGAGCCAAGAGAAAAGCUGUAUCAGGAUACCAGUCUCAUGAUGAUAGUUCUGACAACUCAGAAUGCAGCUUUCCUUUCAAAUACACAUACGGUGUAAAUGCAUGGAAACACUGGGUCAAAACAAGGCAACUUGAUGAAGAUCUCUUGGUAUUAGACGAACUAAAAUCUCCUAAAUCAGUAAAGUUAAAAGAAGAUCUACUGUCUCACACCACAUCAGAACUUAACUACGGGUUAGCGCAUUUUGUCAAUGAGAUCCGACGACCAAAUGGAGAAAAUUACGCACCUGAUAGCAUCUAUUAUCUUUGCCUUGGAAUACAGGAGUAUUUGUGUGGUAGUAACCGAAAGGACAACAUAUUUAUUGAUCCAGGAUACCAGAUGUUUGAGCAAGAAUUGAAUAAAAUACUCAGAAGUUGGCAACCAAGCAUUCUUCCAGAUGGGUCAAUAUUCUCUCGAGUUGAAGAAGACUAUCUCUGGAGGAUAAAACAACUAGGAUCACACUCUCCAGUAGCUCUUUUGAAUACCCUGUUCUACUUUAACACUAAAUAUUUUGGCCUGAAAACAGUGGAACAACACUUAAGACUUUCCUUUGGCACUGUGUUUAGGCAUUGGAAAAAAAAUCCUUUAACAAUGGAAAACAAAGCGUGUCUUCGAUACCAAAUGUCUUCCUUAUGUGGAACAGAUAACGAGGAUAAAAUUACUACUGGAAAAAGAAAACAUGAAGAUGAUGAGCCAGUAUUUGAACAAGUUGAAAACACGACCAACCCUUCUAGAUGCCCUGUGAAAAUGUUUGAAUGUUACUUAUCUAAAAGUCCACAGAAUCUUAAUCAGAGAAUGGAUGUUUUUUAUUUGCAACCAGAACGCUCUAGUUCUACAGAUAGCCCUGUCUGGUACACAUCUACUUCACUGGAUCGAAACACCUUGGAAAAUAUGCUCGUACGGGUUCUUCUAGUAAAAGAUAUUUAUGAUAAAGACAAUUAUGAACUGGAUGAAGACACAGACUAAAAAGAAACAUUUCUGAAGCAGUCGGGAUAAAACAGCAUUAGAUAGUCAAGCUGCUAGUUCUUUACUAUGGAAAACAUUUCAAGUUUACUCCUUCUGUUUUGAGUUUUGUAGCAGUGUACCCAUACUGGGUAUUACCUUGUAAAUAAUCUGUGAGUGAAAGUUGCCAUUAUUCUAUGUAGUGGUUUUAGGAUACUUAACAAAAUACAUUCAGAUUCUUUUUUUAUUAUUAUUUAUUUGAUUAGGUAUGUUUGUAACUUUUUACAUUACAAAAUAUGAAUGAGAAUGUGCCAUGUAUAAUUUUUUUCUUAUAGUCAGAAACAUCCAUAUUGCACAACGCUAUUGUUGCAAAGCUUCCUUAAGGGGGCGCUUUUACUGGGUCCUUGACCAGAUGGUUGUAUAUGAGUAGCAUUACUAAAAGUUUAGAACUUGCAGUGUCUUUCAGAAUUUUUAAAAUAAAAUGUAAACUAAUAGGUUGGGUUUUUGUUUUGUUUGGGGGGCUUUAUUUUACAUUUUAGUUACUGAAGCCUUACAAGGUUAUGUAGAGAGAUACCAUCUUCUGUACCAAAAAUAGACAAGAGAAUGCUGUCAAUAUUGGUGUACUGUAAUGUGAAUCUAUACUGGUGAAAACAACUUUUUGUUCCCAUUAUUAAAACCUUAGUUUCCUUUUCUCAUUUGUGGCUUUCUGCAUCAUCCCAAUCAAUUAUAUAGAUAUCUAGAUAUAUAUGUAAAGAAUAACUGUAAGAUGAAAACAAGACAUUUUUCUUUUUUAAAAAUGUCUGAUAAAAGUAUAAGAUCCUUUUUUCCUUUUCUAUGUCAACUACAAGUAUCUAGUUCCUUUCAAUCCCCCCCACCCCACCCCACAGGAUACAGAUCAUGCUGCACUAUUACUUGCAUAGUACUCUUAACUUUCACAAAUGUUACUACAAUUCUUGUGCCUGCUUCCAAAUAUGAUUGGUGCAUACAUUGGGUAAAAUUGUUAGAAAUGCCACUCCUAAGAUAGUUAUUAUAAGAAAAUCAUGCUACUAUAAGUAUGAUAAUAUUGCAUUUUACUAUGAAAGUUACCAGUAUAGUAAUUCUGAUUAUUUCAGUUGAUUGAAGAACAAAGAACAACUGAUGGAUAAAGUCUGUCUCAGAGAAAAUCCCUGUUGAUAUUAGAUUGGCUUUAAAAUUUUACUUCUUAUAGAAGAUUGCAUUUUUUAAAAAAAUCCUUUGUACUGUACUUCUGCAUAACAGCUUAUCUAUUGGGACCCUUUAGGAUAAGGAAGUUUACUUACUACUUACUAAAAACUGAGUAAAGUGCUAGCUGCAAGUUACAAAGCAUCUGGCUGGCUUUAUAUAGCAUGUGUGUAAUCACAUUGUUUCCUCGUUUCUAAACCACGGUGAUAAUAGUCUAAAAAUGAUUUGGGGCUCGUUUUCCACAGUAGGUAGGCAAUAGUCACACAUUCCUUAAGUAUUUCUCUCUAAGGAAAAAAAUGUUAGCAUAGUAAAGAAAUUUUCUCAGUCAUGAUUUGGAAAAUUUCACAGAUUUAAUCACUGUAUAUUUAAGCAAUAAUUGCCUGAAAUGUUUUUGGCAUAAGGAAAUACUUUAUAAUGUUCUAACUUGUUUUAUAAAGAAAAAAUUUUUAGUCCCUUGAUUUUGUAUUUGUUGAGUGAUAAUCAGACUGACAUUGACAAAUCUGAUGUAAGUUACUUUACUGAAAUAAAUUGCUGAUUAUUUAAUGAAGAAAAGUGAGUAACACAUUUAAAACACAGGCUACAAAAAUUUUCUCAAACCUACGCUUUCCCAGAACUACUAAUUUAAGUAUUUUUUCUUAUAAAUGCAAUUAUUAAUUAAAAGGUGGUUCAUUUGAACCAUCCUUUAUUCUUCAAGUGGUGCUAUAUUCCAUCAAGAGCAAUAAAUUUUUCCCAAAUAUCACUUGUAUAUUUGACCAAAUACAAAUUUCUGCCAUGUAUUUCUAUUUGAGUACCAUAUCUUACUAUUUAUGUUUUCUUCAUUUGUAAAUUUUAGCUUUUUAAGCAGAAAUAUCUACAUGGUCUUGACAUGAUAGAGGAUUUAGAGCUCUUGUCUUUGUCUUCAUUGCAAUCCAGUGAUAGAUUAACUAAGUCUCAGGGGGAAAAGAAAAAAACCUAUUUUAUAAGAGUUGUUCUGUGAAACUAAUUUCUUCUGGAAUAUGUUUCAUUAAUUCCUGGAUUUCCUUAGUUUGUGUAGUUGUAUGUGAAUACUGAGGAAAAAGACAAUGAAAUGAUAGCUUAUUUUUGCUUCUUGGUGAUUUCUGAUUAUAGAUUAAGUCUUGUUAAUAUAACUUUUAUGUCUUGAGAUGUCUAUUGAAGAUGCUAUAUUUUUCUGUUCUGAAGGAGGAUUCUGCCAUUUAAAUUCAUUCAGUGGAAAAGGUGAUUAGCCAUAUUAUGGGAGGUAGAUUUCCCAUGGAAACUGAACCUUUACUAAUGCAUUUUUAAAGUGGUUUUUUGUUGUUGUUUUGGGGUUUGGUGGGGUUUUUUUGUUUGUUUGUUUGUUUGUUUGUUUUUGCUGUAUUAGGUAAUGUAAGGUAUGAAAGGAUUUUUUGAGGCAAAAAGCUCAGCCUUUUUUCCCCAUAAUAGUACUCUGAAGUAGUAAUUCAUUUUUUAAUAGAGUUGCUACAGUAUGUUAAACAUUAAAAUAGGAAGAGGGUGCAUAUUGUAUCAUGCAUUUAAAUUUAUCACUUUUUCUAAUGGCAUUUCCUUUUGUCUUUUGGCCAAUUAUGAUUUGCAAAUAGGAAGUAACUAUUUUUGAUGUGUUAUGAAUUACAGUAUUGGAGAAGUCAAGACAACUUCAGAUUUUGAUUUUACUCUAAUCUGGUUCAUUUAAUCUGAGAUCAUAAAUAUCUUGCAGUCUUACAUCAGUAUAAACAUGUGCUUUUUUUUUUUUUUUCUAGUUAUUUCCAGAAUGUGUUGUUACACAUGUCACUUAUGUUCUAAACUAACAUUGACUGUAGGAUAAUCUUGUUCCCUUCAAACAAAAUAAUCAUGAAGUGUACAUGAAAGUAUUUUUAAAGAAUAAAUUUCUAUAAAUUAUACUUUUGGGUUCUCCCCCUUAAUAAGCCCUUUACUUAUUUUUGUAGAUGAUCAUGAAUUUCAUUUAUUCUGUUCUUUGUGUUCUUAGGAUUAGACUAGUUUAAGUGUCAUUUUCUAGUGUUGAAAAACUUUUGUGCUGCUGUUUCUGGGUAUAUCAUACUAACAAAAUAUUACCAAUUGAGAAGCUGAUGUCCAGGACAGGAUAGCUACAUCAUUCUAGCUGGAAGUAGAAACAACUACCAUGGUAUUUAUUUUUUUGUUUUUGUUUUUGUGUUUUUUAAAUCUUUACUUGAAAAUUAGGUGUUAGAGGUACACCUCACUAAAAUGUACCCUUACCAUGUAAUGAACUGGAAAAGAGGUUGUCCCUAAAAUUGAAGCAAGUGAUGUCCUAAUUAAGUUCUCUUUUGAAAAAGAGAACAAAAGAUUUAACUUGUAAGUAAAAUAUAAGUUGAGUAUCCUUAAUUAAGAAAUCAAAUCUAUAGUGUUCUAAAAUCUAAGCAUUUAAGUGCUGACAUGACACUCAGGGUUUUUGGAAUUUUGGUUUUUGCAUUAGGAAUGUUCAGUCAAUAAAGUCUAUGCAAAUAUUUUUAGGUCCAAAACAUUUCUGGUCAUAUGUACAGCUGAAGAGGGGCUUUGUGCAUUGUUGAUAGGUGAUAUUAAUCCUGAAUGUACUUUCUGUUACACUACAGGGACAAGAACAAUUACUGCUCUUUUCAAGACUUUAAGGAGCCAGGGAGAUAGCUCCGUAGAAUAAGUGCUUGCCUGGUGAGCGAGGCCCUGAGUUAAUCCCCAGUAUUGCAAAAGGAAAAAAAAAAAAAGAGAGACUUUGAGUAUUUUAUUUUAUCUGGGUUUCAACUUCUCUGUAAAAUGUCAGCAUUGCCAUGACAGUAAACAGAUUGAUGUUUUAAUCCUGAUGAUUUAUUUAGAAACACAUUUCCUUCAUGAAGAGACAGAUUUUUUUGAAAAGCCCUAAUACUGAGAGCCAUGAUAAACCCUAUUUUUAAAGUCCACCUUGGGUAGCUUAGAAUUAAUUCAGCACACAAAAACCAGUUAUCAUAAAACAGUCAUGUUUGCUACGUGUUGCCUCAGUGUCAAAGAACUGCUACUUUCCAUCAUAGCUGGAGAAGAAAAAAGUACAAGAUCAAGAAGAUACUACUGUUCUACAACUGGGAUGAGGGAAGUCAGA